AUGACAGCGGCAGCGGCGGUGGUGUGCUUUGUUCAUGGCUGGAUACAGUGGUGGCAACAAGCUGAUCGGGUUGUGGUGUUGCAGGUUUCUGACUUUGGCAGAGGCGGAGGCGUUGGGGCAAGUUUGAACGCUUUCAUCUCACCAGCAAGCUACUUUCCCACAUCACUAAAGAGAUACCUGUCCACGUUUCAUGCCGGCCGCUGCACCUUUACCAUGGUCGCGGAAAGCGCGCGUGAUGGGGAGCAUUGCAAUGACCCCGUAGAGGUCCGACCAAGUCACGUUCCCGCUGGCGCCCGCAGUCAAGACAUUUUCCAGAUUUACUGUCUUCUACGAAUGGUCCUCUACUCCCUCUCCUUCUUUAUUUACGUCUCCGCACAAAUUGUCGAUGAGAAUGACAACAAUCGCAACCGAUUUGCCUUUCUCAUUGGCAACCUCGAGUCAAUUCUUAUCAUCCUGGUGUUCUUGGCCUUGGGUGACACCAUCUUGCGUGCUUGGGCUCGUCGCGUCCUCACGGGCAGCGAUAUUAUCAACCUCGUUCUUGUUGUGUUUGCCAUUAUCCGCCUCUCUGGAGCAAUUCGGGGCCUAAAUGGAGGCCAACUGAUUGUUCCGACCUUUUUGCACAUCUGGAAUCUUCGUGAUGCCUUCCUCAAUCUUCUUCAGGCAUACUUUCAGUCGCGUGAGAGCGACGAGGAAGAAGCUGCAGAUCGCAUCAUCAGCCUGGUCAACCUUGCGGUGACCCUGGUGUGCAUCAUCCUCACGGCCGCUGCUGGCGUGGAGCAUCUUGAGAAGGAAAGCGAUACCGAUUUCAAUUUCUUCACGGCUAUAUGGUUUACGGUCGUGACCUUCUCUACCGUCGGCUACGGUGACUUUUCUCCAGUGACCUAUCUUGGCCGACUCUUUGUCAUGGGCAUGAUCGUCGUCACUCUCAUCAUUCUACCAGACAAGUUCUCCCAAAUCAGUGCUGUGCAAGAGGAUCGCAAGGCCAAGGGUGGUGCUUAUCGUAAACCUACGCCUUGGAGUGCCAAGCACAUUGUCUUGAUCAUGGGUGACGCCAACAUGCAGACCCUCGAGGAUGCUCUGGACCAGCUGCUCUAUCACUCCAUUGGCGAGCGCCCCAAUAUAGUCGUGCUCUGCCCCUAUCGCAUCACCGCAGACAUGCACCUGCUUCUCUCGCGCCCAGUGUACCGUGAUGUGGUCAAAUAUAUCGUUGGCUCUGCGCUCGUUCGCCAGGACCUCAGCCGCGUUGCUCUCAAGGACGCGUGCGCCGUUUUCAUCCUCGCGGAACGUGGUGGCGAUCCCAUGGAGCUGGAUCGGCGCACCGUCCUCCGCGCCUGGGCCGUCAAUGAUUAUCAUCCGGAGAGCAACCUCUUUGUUCAGAUAUUCUUGCUUGAAAACAUCAAGCAUGUCGCGUUUGCGCAGGCCGUCCUGUGCAUGUCCGAACUUCGUUUCUCCUUACUGGCUAAUACGGCACAGUGUCCCGGUGCUACCUCUCUCAUCACUAGCAUUGCACACGGUGGCACCAAGAUUAAGCCCAUUGACAACGAGCAAGCCAAGGACAUUCUCGACGUGUACGAAAGCGCCGCUGCAAACGAAUACUAUCAAGCGCUCAUCGACGACUCGCCCGUCUUCAAACGCUACAUCAACCAAAACUUCUACGAAGCCGCCUCCGAUCUGGUUGAGAAGAAGAUUUGCUUGGUAGGAAUUUUGCGCAACAGCGAAAUUCAGCUCAACCCGGGUGCAAAUUAUCAGCUUCUCAAGGGCGACAUUUGCCUAUACAUUGCUCGCGCUCGUGACGUGGACAUGAUUAUCCUUGAGACGGAUCGUUUGGCGGCAAGUGCCGAGGCUUACCGUGUCCCACGUGGCUCGAAAAAGCGCAAAGCACCACGGCCUGGUUUUGAUGGGUCAUCCCAUGGAACGGGUCCGGAACCCCAGCCUCAGCCCACUUCCACCUCCUUGCCUGCACCGUUGGAGUCUCGUGAGUCGGAUACUUCGUUGCAAAGCCUACCGAACGCCGAUAACGCCUCGCCUCAACCCGAAGCAGGCAACAAUCGACCUCUAUCACCCGUUGCCGAGGUAUCAGAGGAGAACUCCAAUGACUCGCCGCCAAACCAUGAGCAUCCUGCGUCGGAGCAGCACCAGGAGGCCGUGCAUGAGACGCUUGCGAAUCGAGGCCUUUCAAGUGCGGACUUUGAGGUGGUCCAUUACCCUGAUCCCUCAAGCCAGCUACCCACCAUCUCAGAGGCCUCUGGUGAAGGCAAGCGGCUCUCCCGUCAAAGAAGCAUUCAUAGCGCCUCGGAUGACCCCGUGUUUCAGCCUGAUUCGCCACAUGAGAUGCAAGCAGAAGAUGACCCCAAGGACUCAGUUGGCGCAGCUUCUGUGCCAUCGUCGGGCAACCCGUCGACCAGCAGCUUUGUAACGGCCGCGACUGACCCAGUCGCCCUCCCAAGUGCCUCGUCCUUUGGUAACCCGGCUGUUGUGGCACCGGCAGAAGACGUGGCGAGCCUGAUCGAACGAGACACGGCCCUGAGCGAUAGCUUUUUCCCUCCUGAGCGCCCGCAGCCAGACCCAGCAAAGGCAGGCGCCAUUUUACAUCCGGUGGACAAAUCACAUCACAAGACCGCAUCAGCUCCCUCAGACUUUGCGAAUGCCAAAGAUCUCGCGCGGCAGCGUGCUCGCACCAUGCGCCGCUCCAGCUCCUUCGGUGAGGUGGUUCGCCUCCGCAAGACCCAGAACGACGAGGCUGAGGCGAACAUGGAUUACAUUGUUGUCCAGGUCAAACUCAAGCAUCACGCCAUGUAUCACGGCAGUCCAGACCACGAGUGCCACUUUGUUGAGUAUCACAGUCAGACUGGUGAUGCCCGCCAGCUUGUUGUGCGGACUGCACGCCCCAUGAGUGAUUUGAAGCUCUCCGAGGUGCAUCUGCGCGUCCACGCGCCUGUUCAACAGACAAAGCGUUCGGCGCAGAAGGCUGCCAACAUAACCUCCGAGUACCUUGAGUCACGUGAAAGGCGGUUGCAAGAGUUUGUCAUCGUACAAUUGCCGGAAGGUGAAGCCAUUGGCAGUGGAAUUUAUCAUUUGAUUCGCGUCAUGCGAAGCGCCUCGCUGGACCCCGAACGCCUUGCCCCCCUUGUCUUGCUCGUUCGUGACGAGAACAGCAUCCCAGAGCGCCUCAAACGGUUCAUGGUCCUGUUUCCCUUUGUCUACUUUUUGGAGGGUAACCUGGACCAGCCACGUUCUUUGCUGCGCGCGUGCCUGAGGGGUGCCAAACUCGUCCUGGUCCUUGCCAACUAUGGCGAUACUCGUUCCUUGGAAAGCCGCAUGAUCGAUAGCGAGAAUAUCCUGACAACACAAAACACACAGGCCGUCUUUCCCCAAGUUGAGGUUCUGACUGAGCUGACGCAGAAAGCCAAUGUGCGCUUCAUUCGUUUCACAGCCCUUGACCCUGAUGACUAUCGGCUUGCACAAGGCGAAGGGUUGGCAAGCGAGGAUAAUGCAGGAUCCAGCAACCAGCCAUCGGUGCACCGACGCUUGAGCACUGGCUCUCGCCAGCAUGCCGCAGGGCUGGGUCUGGCUUCGGAGCCUGAGAAUGCCACCAUCACUGAGCGGGGUCGAACCCGUGCCGUUUUGCGCGCGUCGGCUGAAGCUGCCUGGCGUACUCGCUAUGAGCGGUUGAUCAAAGGAGCGGGAGGCUACAUUUUCCGCCUCUCGUUUGCUUCAGGCAAAGUGUUUACUGCCGGCAUGCUUCAUUCCCUGCUUUUUCAAAGCUUGCAGCCAGCUAAAAAGCAUGUGAUCCCCUUUUUUCGCAACAUGUUGGGAUGUGACGAUUCGCCGACACACAUCCGACUUGUAACCCUGCAACACGAUCUGCUAUCGUACUGGCGGAUCAAGGACUAUGGCGAUGUGUGCCGAUACUUCAUUCAGCGCAAGCGUGAGAUUGUGCUUGGUGUCCAGGUGACGCGCCGCGUUCAAACGCAGAUCAUGCAACACAACUCGUCAGAUGGGGAGGCUGGCAACAAUGACAAGGAGAGCAAGGGCCACUCGAGACCCAACCAAGAACGCCGACACCAUCAUGGGCGCCGCUUGUACAUGCGCGGCGACUCGCACCGUCAUCAUCCAUCUGAAUACUGGAAUAUGCACAUGCAUACGGGGGGUGCCUUGGGCAAAAUCACGCUCACCAUGCCCAACCCAGAUGACGAAAUGCCCAUCAAACCGGGGGAUCGGGUCUACGUGCUUCAGCGCCGCCACCACUUUCACAAUUCAGAUCGUGAUGGUGGUGAGAGCGUGAGUGUGCCUCAAAAGGCAGUGCUGAACUGGAUGCGGCGUGACAAUGACGAUAAAACUGGCGACGAGCGGGCCUUGUUGUCAGCACGCAAGUAUGCAAGAAUUUGGAAGCGAAAGGCGCUCAAGCGAUCUCGCUCUAUUUCAGACCCACGACACCCUAGCCCUGCCGCAUUGAACAACCAAGAGCCCAUCAGCCCACGCCGGAGUCGCUCUUCCAUGAAAGUGGUGUCUAGUGUCUGAUUCAAGCUACAAUAACGCCUUCAAAUCUUAUGGAGAUUGCUGGUUUGCUACGGGAGCUUCGUUUUCCCGUGACGAGCUCGUCCAUGAAUUUACAUGUUAAUCC